UAUGGCUCGGCUACAUAGUGUGUGGUGAAGGAGACAUGCGAGUCUUAAAGCGGACAUCGCAUUACGUUACGUGAGAUUUAACGACGACGGCGACGACGACGACGACGACAACAACAAUAAUAAUAAUAAUACAACAAAGACGGCUCCUUUUUUUGCCUCGCGAUGGAUGCAGUGAAAUCGUUCAACGCGGAGCUAUCCGCUCUUUAUGAUGUUAAACCACCGAUUUCAAAAGCCAAAAUGAAUUCACUUACACGAGGAGCCAUCAAAGCAAUAAAAUUCUAUAAGCAUGUUGUACAAAGUGUGGAAAAAUUUAUUCAAAAGUGCAAGGCAGAAUAUAAAGUACCAGGAUUAUAUGUAAUAGAUUCAAUUGUCAGACAAUCCCGACAUCAGUUUGGAAUGGAGAAAGAUGUAUUUGCUCCACGAUUUGCAAAAAAUAUGCAGACUACCUUUCUCAAUCUUUUGAAGUGCCCACAAGAGGAUAAAAGCAAAGUUAUACGUGUACUGAAUCUUUGGCAAAAGAAUGCAGUUUUCCCACCAGAAGUUAUUCAACCGCUUUUUGAUCUAGCAGAUCCAAAUCAUCCAAUACAUAAGGAACAGCCAGUAAAUAGCAAUGGUACAUUAAAUACAUCAUCUGGAAAUAAUAUAAGUAAUGUAAGUGCAGUUACUAAGACUCCACCAUCUACCAUUAAAAAUACUGUAAAGGAUUCAAAAUUGUUUUCAACUGGAAAAACAAUCGAUCCGGUAUGGCUUGCACAAACAAAAGUAGAAGCAGCGAAUAUAGUCAAUGCCAAUAAACUUUUGAAUCAAUCUAACUCCAGUCAAAUGGACCCUUCUAUUUUCGAUCAAUUACAAUGUUUACAACAAUUACUUUUGAAAAAGCAAGAUGUCACAAGUGAACCAAAAAGUUCAGUCAAAUUUGAUAAAAAAUUGCUAGAUUUUGAUUAUGGCGAGGAAGAGGAUGAUGAUGUAGUUAUUUCUAAUUCUCCAAAUGCAACUGCAUCAAGCAACACUCAGCAUAAUACAAUUUCAACAAACAAUAGUCUAGAGAGCCUAGGACUAUUGUUAGCAAAUCCAGAGGUUUUGAGACAAUUGCAAACUUUACAACAAACUAUGCAAAGCAAUGCUUCUUCACAACAUGAAAUGGAAGAAAAGAUGCGCAAGCUGCAACAAAUGAAACAGCAAGAAGAAGAAUUUGAUAAACAUUUAGCACAAACUGUUCCUAAUCUUCCAUUUGCAUCCGAAUGUGAAUUAAAGCCAUCUGAUAUUUUAAAACCAAAUACUCAAAAUUAUGCAUCAAAUGUGAACAGCAAUAUGUUACAAGAUAUGAGUCAGCCACCACCUGGUUAUCCACCAGCUUUACCAUUUACGUCUCAAUCUUUAUCAAAUAUUAGACAAAUUAAUCAAUCUGCACAUCAAAAUCAAAAGAGUCCGUUAAUUGACGAGCGUCAAGAAACGCAAGAUUACUCUGGAAACAACACCAGACGUGAUAGUAGCAGUGUAGAAAUUGUAAAUUGCGAGAAUACGAGUUCACAAAGUAGAUCGCCAGAACGGUAUCGACAUCAUAGUCGGUCUCGGUCUCCACGGCAUAGAGAUAGAGACAGAGAUCGGGACAGAGAUAGAAAAUCUCGUUCUAGAAGCAGAUCGCGGCGAAGAAGAUCUCGUUCAAGAGACAGAGGACGCGAUAGGAAACGUGAGGAUAGCCGAGAAAAGUUGACGGAAGAAGAACGGGAAAAAGAAAGAGAGCGACGCAAACGCGGUUUGCCACCGAUAGUCAGGGAUAAAUUGAGUGUUUGCAGUACGACACUUUGGGUGGGGCAUUUAUCAAAACUUGUGCAUCAAGAAGAAUUGUCAGAUACAUUUGGGGAACUUGGCGAUAUUGUUAGUAUUGACUUAAUUUCACCGAGAGGUUGUGCUUUUAUAUGUAUGAAUCGAAGGCAGGAUGCAUAUCGGGCGCUUACAAAAUUGAAAAACCAUAAAAUGCAAGGCAAAGCUAUUACGUUAGCGUGGGCGCCUGGUAAAGGUGUAAAAGGCAAAGAAUGGAAGGACUACUGGGAAGUAGAAUUGGGCGUUAGUUACAUCCCUUGGAAUAAAUUGAUUAACAUUACUGAUCAAGACUUGGAGUUAUUGGAAGAAGGCGGAAUGAUAGAUGAAGAUACAUUACCUCCCUAUUUAAAAGGAAAACUAAAGCACGCUGUCACGAAUGCUGAUAUACUACAACAACAGUUGCAGCUGCAACAACAAGCACUUGCUGCUGCCGCUGGUGCUCCCAUUCCUACAUUAACGGACGGCAUUGUGAACGUUAUACAGUCGUCAGCUAAUUCGCAGCAACAACAGCAACAGCAAUUAGUCGAUACCAGUCAACCGCCACCAAUCAGACCACCAACAUCGGCUGCACUACUGCCACCUCCAAAUACACAGUUGCAGAUGAUGCCACCGGCCUUUACGAUGCCCGGAGUGCCACGAAUGAUUAGUCACAUGGGCCUACAAAUGACGCAUGGAUUAAUGCCCAAUGUUCCGAUUGGAGUUCCACCGCCUAAUAUGCAGAGUUUGCUGGGACCUGGUAUGAUGCAGACCAUGUUAACACCAUCAGUUAACCCGCCAUUUGGAGCAGGUGUUGGCGUAAGUUUAUUGACGCAAAUUCCGAUGCCCGCACCUGCUGCAGCGCCUUCGGAUAAACCAAACUCUACUGGUAUGCCGCACAACGUUCCGCCGAUCGGAGUACCGCCACCCACAACGGAGACGAAUAUGCCGAAUUUGCCAAUGCUACGGCAGCCGUAUGGAGUGGGUCCGGCGCCGCCAAUGCAAAUGCAACUACCUCAACAACAUCAUUCAGACGAUAUGGACGUGGAGAUGGAGGAUGCGAUGCCGCAGAAUCUAAGUAACAAUGUGCUCAAAGAUAAGCAGCCAAACCUCAGCGAUCAGUUAAUCGCAGCGAUGAAUAUGGGUGGUAACGUGAACGAUGGUCGUUUGGAGAACGAUCAAGCUCGCGAAUAUAAGGAACGGGAACGCGAUCGAGAAAAUAGGGAGAGAAGAGAUCGGAAUGAACGAGAUCGUGGAGAUCGUAUGGACGUAGGUGAAUGCAGGAUGGAUCGUAGCAGAGACAGAGGACGAGGACGAGAUCGCGGUCGAGAUAGGCGGAGAGACAAUCGCGAAGGUCGGGACAGGGAGAGGGAUGAAAGACGUGACAGAGAGAAUCGAGAGACCCGGGAGAACCGGGACAGCGGCGCCAGACAUUCAGAGGGAUUGAAUGCACAGAAUCAAAACGUCCAGGAAAACGAGAGCAUGGCGAAAAAAGAAGGCAAGCCUAGUUUAGCUGAUCGACUACGACAAUUAGCGGAUGGUACGUUGCCGUUGGAUGAUCGAAUGGAUAGAAAUGUACGCGGUAACCGAACAAUUGAGCGCAGUAACGAGCGAACCGACAGGAAUUUUGAGGAGAGCCCCGGAGGAGGAGGAGGAGGAGCAGGAAGUGGCGGAGGAGGAGGAGGAGCAGCAGCAACAGCAGCCGCAGGAGGAGGAGGAGCUGUGCGGCGACCACUCAGCGACAUGCCGAUCUCAUUGAUGGAUUUGCCGAAGUUUAGCGGAGUUCUACCACCAGAUCGAACAGAUUUUCCACGAGGACCGGAUUUCCGAGGUGGACCACAGGACGCGCGGGAAUUUCCGCAGCGCGGUCUAACUGAUCGAUCUGACCGACAGAAUUUCCCACCGCGCAGUGGUCCAAGAAGUUCACAAAUGGACGACUUCUUGGACCCUAGAAUGCAGUCUGGCAUAUUCCCGGAGGACUACGAGGGAAGAUUAGGUCACAAUGGGCCCCGGCCUGAUGACUUUCCGCCGGCCAGGCUGGGUCCGACUCGUGAAGAGUUCGAACGACCGGAAGUGCGCAGUCGUAGACCACCUGUGGAUGAAUAUGAACGAGAGCGUUUCGAGUAUGAGAUAAGGCGCGAUGGAUUCGAUCCGCGAAUGCAAGAUGGGUUUGAUCCCAGAGGUCACAACGAGCGACCAGACUUUGAUCCUCGCAGAAGAGAAUUCUUUGGCCCGUUAGAACCUGUGUUCGGAAUGCCGCCAUUGAUGGGUCCAAAGGGGCCGAGAGGACCCGAUGGAUUUGGACCACGCGGAUCCAGAGGACCUGGUCCUCUAAUGUUCCAUCCACGAGGAAUGGGUCCGAGAAGUAUGAGACCUGGGAUGAGGCCACCGUUUGCGCCCCGAGGACCGCCGUUUGAUCCCAGAGAAGCAGAUUCCUUUUUCCGACCACCAUUUGACGAAAUGCGCGGUCGUCCCGGGCCGCAUAUUCGACCGCCAUUUGGCCCGAUAGGUCCGCCAGUUAUGCACGGACCGGAUGGACUGUGGAGAAAUCAGGAGAGCGGCGGUGGACCACCGCCUGCGUCAUGGUCCGGGCAGGAUCCCGAUGGACAUGGGCAACGAGAAAAUCAUUUACCAUCGCGAGACAAGCAAAAACUUCUAGCGAAGCAUCAAGAUUACAAAAACAUAUCCGAGAAUCGCAAUCGGAAUCGCAAGUCGAGAUGGGGUAACAUCAGUCCACCGCUUAUGGAUGACGAGAUACAGCCGUCAGAGGACGCCGAGAGCAAAACGAAAGCGUUUGCUGACGGCGGUGGGGAACUGGAAGCGAAGGGUAAUUUUGACACUUCAUCUUCCACCGACCAACACGAUCUCUUAAUGCAGAGGGAACAAGAACUGACAGCUCGCGAACAAGACGCGAUGCGCGGUGACGUAGAGAACGAAUUGGGGAGUGUAUCGAACGAGGGCAACCGUGAGGCCAGCUAUAGAAAUGAUGAAAAUCGAGCUAACAUUUACGAAAUUGACCACGCGGACCAUUUCCCUAACAAUGAUUUAGCACUAAAGCAGCAGGAACAGUGUGAAUACGAAACACCCAUUCCAGCUGAGAAUUCAGCCCAACAAAGUGCGGUGCAACCGAUUGAACAAAUAGGGCACCUCAGUGAGAACUAUAGUGAUCAAUCAGUGGAACAAGUGAGUUCGUUAUAAACAAAAAUAGAAAAAGAGCGAGAGAAUGAAAGAAAAAGAUAAAAAGGAAGAAGAAAGAUCGAUAUUGAAAAAAAUUACCAAAGUAAAGCAUAAAGAAUCUUCAGGCAGAUUCGUGUAAAAUAUCAUUUGAAUCGAUGUACAUAGAGUCAUGCGAAAGAACGAUUGAAAGAAAGAGAGAGAUUGAAAGAGUGAAAACACGAUUCGAUUUUAUGGAUUCUGAAUUAUCGCAUUCUGGAGUGGUGGAGAGUCGUUGGGUGCCAGUGAGUUUUCUUUUGUCUUUUAUUUUUUUUUUUUUUUAAGUAUCUUUCAGUCGUCAAAGUAUUCUCAGUUGUUAACUCUCGUGUAAGUCUCGAUCAAGAUUUUUUCUCAAUCGAAAUCUGCUGCCUAAAUUAAUUGCUGUGAUAGUGAACACAGGACCUGUUUAUCCAUGUAGAGAUGUGUAUAUAUAUA